AUGUCUCUCAUAAGCUUCACUCCUGAAUUGGGUCGUCUCUUUAACGACUACUUUGGAGACUUUCACGUUGCUCCGAGGGGACAAGGUGGUGCAAGCAGAUGGAGGCCAUCUAUCGAUGUUCAUGAAACGGAUAAGGAAUAUAUCGUAAACGCCGAACUUCCUGGCGUUAAAAAAGAGGAAAUUAAUCUUGAUCUGCGUGACCACGCACUAGUAAUUUCGGGAGAAACCAAACAAGACAAUAAAUUCAAAGAAGGCAAUGUCUACGUACAAGAACGCCGCUACGGUAGCUAUUCUCGAACCAUUGGUCUACCCAAUAAUAUCAAGGCAGACGCAGUCUCUGCCAAGUUCAACGAUGGUGUACUAGAAGUCACGAUACCCAAGGCUGAAGAUGCUCAACCAAAGAAAGUCCAAAUUAGUUAA